AUCAAGCAAGCGGCAAGCAUACGGAGGAGGAUUUACAACAUAUCUUCAAUCUCACCAUGUCAAGGGUUUUCUUGAUUUCAAAAGAAUCUCAGGCAGAUGUCAGUGGAUUGGUGGAUUCAUAUAUGCACCGUUAUAUGCACCCUCCACGUCACAUAAGGCUGCGCAUCAAGAAAGGGGAGCCUAUGAUAUCGAUACUGCCAUAUGCAUGAAAUCGGCGGGACUAUAUAUUGGUAUCCUACUCUAUUUAAAGUUUCAUCCCAAGCUCUUCUUACUUGGUAUAUUAGAGGUCACGUCGUAUCACUUGCUUAUUCAGUCACGACAUCAUUGACAAUUCCAUUGGAUCACUGGGAAGACUUUGGAGAGUUUUGAAGAGAUAAUGUCAGCUGAAACUCCAAAUAAAAUAAGGCCCCGACGUAGGAGAUGUGGACCCAAAGUGAAGACGGGCUGCCAGACUUGCAAGUAAGAAUUACUGUCCUGUUACUGAAAUGGUCCUGUUGACAUAGUCCAGAAUACGUCGAGUCAAGUGCGAUGAAGCCAAGCCUUCGUGUGAAAGAUGUGUCUCCACUGGAAGAAAGUGUGAUGGUUAUGCUACAGGCCUCAAAGGAUUGGAUCCGGAAGUACAAAUUAAAUCCGAUAUCCAGCGGCUACCUACGUUUCUACUAGGUUCCGUGGAUGAGAGACGAGGUUUUCAAUACUUUGUUUCUAACACAGCGACCGAGCUUAGUGGAUAUUUUGAUACCUCCUUUUGGGAACAUCUCAUAUUGCAAGCAAGCGUUACAGAUCCAUCUCUACGACACGCGAUCAUAGGGCUUGGAGCUCUCCACGAAGACUUCUCAAACCGAAAACUGGAUCUUGCCACAAAAUGUGACGCUGCUAGAUCAUCAUUCGGGUUCGCCACAAAUCAAUAUACAAAAGCCAUUUCACAUUUAAGACGGUCUCUAGCGGGAGGUAAACAAAAGCCUCUCACAGCUAUGAUGUCGUGUAUUCUUUUCGUUUGCUUCGAUUCGUUACGAGGCCAUUUUUCGAGUGCGAUAAUGCAUCUACAGAGCGGCCUAAAGAUUUUGCAUAGCUCACGAUCACGAAGCAACUCUCAAGACGAAGAUAUGAUAGAGGAAAACAUUGGGCCUGUGUUCAAGAGACUUUGCAUACAAGCUAUUCUGUACAUCGACACUAGAGAAAUCUCGGAACGUAUGGCUUUCGCAAAAGUAAUAUCGACUAUCAGUAGUCGAGAGAAUACCAUUCCAAGUGAAUUCAAAGACUUGGACUCAGCAAGGAGAACUCUACUUCAAGCAUCUGAUAACCUUUUCCGAGGAGCCUAUAUGUGGGAUGACGACCUCCCUCCCACAUGCCAACCAAAAGAGCUUAUGGAGCUAUACCUACAAUCCCGUUCACAGUUGGAUGCUUGGAAAGUCUCAUUCGAAAAUUUCAUGAAAAGUCAGAGUCAUACUUUCAACAGUAAACAGCUGAGGGGCGCCGCACUGUGCAAGUUGCAUUAUACUACUGUGCAUAUCAUUGCUAGGGUAUCCGCGCCGGACCUAGACGACCCUCGUAUCCUCAGGAACUCCUGCAAUGAUCCCAAAAAGUCCGCCAUGUUCGAGCCGGAAUUUCAAGUUGUUGUUAGUCUUGCCCGAUCUUUGAUUAACGCAGCUGAGGAAGAUACCAAGGCUGGAAAACCUUCCUUCACAUUCUCAACUGAUUUGGGAUUGAUUGCUCCUUUGUAUUGUAAGGAUUUUUUUAUAUCGAAAAAUUUUGAUUUGACACUAAUGAAGCUUCCCGAAUAGACACCUGCAUAAAAUCACCCAGCGAAACAACUCGUCGCCAAGCAUUAGAACUUCUAUUGCGAUGUCCAAGAAAGGAGGGAAUGUGGGAUAGUUCUUCAACAAUCAACCUCGUACGAGGUUUCUGGGAUCUCGAAGAGCAACUGAGUUAUCGUCCUACAGAAGUAUAUCCCGUCUCAGAAAGACUCGUACAAAUGAGUGAGGUUGUAAACCUAAUUUUUAAUGAGGAUAUGAAAUGGGAAUGGAAACUAUCCGGGGAGCCGAGAAUAGACCCCCUUCAAUGCAUAAAUGAAGAUGAUUUCUCAAAUCUGGAGAACUCGAGUUGGCUACCAGUAGAAACUAUAGAUGAUAUGGGUUUGUUUGGAAUAGCUGGUGAAAGCCCCAUCUUGGGCUUUGAUUGGCCGUAGGCAUAAUUAUCCGAGAGAUUAUAAAAGGGCUACCAAGAGAUUUUCAAUACUUACACAUCUCAGAGAUAGGGAGCGGCCUAUUAGAUUUCUUUUCGUUUAGAUAUCCAGGAGUACGAUGUAGAAAUGUUUGCGCAAGAAUUGAUAUGCUGUGCAGCUGCUUUGCCACCAAGAGCUUUCCUUUGCUCAUACUUUUUGUGGUAGCGUUUUCCCUCAUAUUGAUUAAUUCGUUCUGGCAAAAUCUCAGAAUUCCA